AUGGUCUUACACGAUCCAAACAACCUGGAGGACUUGUCCGGCUAUGCAGCCUUCGACAUUCACAGAGCCGUCUUCAAAACGAUUCAUUCGCACCCCAUUCAUCUCGACGUCCUCAUUCCCAAAUCUCUCAGCCCUCAGCCUGCCGGUGCCCCCCUGAUCCUCCGCUUCCACGGCGGCGGACUGAUCACCGGAUCCUCGCUCCUGCCCGCCUUCUUUCCUACUUACCUCCUCGAUCUCGCUAUUCAAUAUUCUGCUAUCAUCAUCUCACCCAACCAUCGCCUGCUCCCGGAGGUUGCAGUCUCGGAUAUCCUGGCCGACAUCGAUGAUUGUUGGUGUUGGUUGCAUACCGACUUUCACAACUUUUUAAGCUCAAAUAUCCAGUCCACCAUCAAAGCCGAUCUUUCGCGCAUUUUUACCAUUGGUGACAGUGCCGGAGGCUAUCUGGCCCUACAAACAGCACUAUCGCACCCGGAAGGCGUACGCGCUGCAUGCGUUUCCUACCCGAUGGUCGAUAUCAAAGACCGAUGGUUUAUGGAACAUUUCCACAAACAGCUGUUCGAAAUCCCGCAGCUUGGGAUGGAGGUGGUGGAGGAACGCUCCGCGAUGAUCAAGAAACUCAGCGAGGAUGAGCCCACCAAGGAGAAGAUUGUCUUAUCUGAAGAUCCGAAGCUAUCAGCAAUCAUGCUGAUGUUUGCCUUCAUUCAGCAUGGCUUGUAUAGAGACUACUUCGAUAUGGGCGACGCGCGACAGUUCCCAUUGGAGAGGGUGCAACGAGGGGAAAGAUUUCCAAAGGGUGGGAUAUUGGUGCUGCACGGUAUUCAGGAUAGUGUGGUGCCCGUGGAGCACAGUCGAACGCUGGAGCGGGUGGUGAAGCAGGCCGGUCCUCAAGCUAAUUUUUGUUUGCUGGAGAGGGAAGGCGACCACGGCUUUGACACUGAAGUGACGUUCCAGGAGCCGUGGCUAUUGGAGGCAUUGGCACCACUAGUGAGGGCGUGGCUGGAAUGA